CUAAUAUUUCUGAUAGUUAUCAAACAAAAAUUAAUAUGAAAGUUACCGUUACGUUGGUGGUACUUAACUUUUAUUUUGUUUUAAGUAUAUUGGACUCUGUAUCAGCGCGACGAUUGGCUAAUAGCAGGCAGUGGCUUUCAGAGUAUAAAAGUGAUAUUGAGGAGGACUGUAAGAAUGGACUACAAAAUUAUUAUAACUACCCUUAUGACUGUCAGAAAUAUUACACUUGUAGAGAAGGAAAGUUAUAUCUUAGCACAUGCCAAUCCGAUUUAUACUGGAACAGCGAACUGCGGAGUUGUGAUAUUCAAGCAAAUGUAAAUUGCUCAAAUAUAAUUCCAUUUCCACAUCCAGACUGUACGGACGGUAACACAACGUUCUAUAUUUACCCUUACAAUUGCAAAAAAUUUUAUGAAUGUUUUGAAAGUGACUUGUACAUUCUUGAAUGUCCUGAUGACUUACUCUGGAAUAAUAAAGACCAGGUGUGCGAUGAUAGCUUUAACGUUGAUUGUUCAUACAUAAUACCUGAGGAUGCUGAAACGGAAAUACCAACUUCAGCCCCAGAUUCUACUUCUCCGGUAACUGUAGAACCUACAACAUCACCAGUACCUUCCACGCCCUCAACUGUAGAACCUACAACAUUAGAAACUACCGAGCGCCCAACAACUACACCCGUUCCUCCACCACCGACUACACCACCAGUUCGUUGUGAGCAUGAAGAACAAUACAUUUCUGAUCCUUACGAUUGUAGUAUGUAUUACGAAUGUUCAAAUGGAGUACCAAUUUCAAUGAGUUGUCCAGAUGGAGAAUAUUGGAACCCAGAUGAAGAAGUUUGUGAUUGGCCUUACAAUGUUGAUUGCACUGUAUACACAACUCUAUCCACAUAAAAUGCAGUAUACUCUCAGCUAUUAAAAAUUAUUAAGGUGUGAAUUGAAAAAUAAAUAAAAGUCAAUUUAUUUUUUUAA